AUGCUCGUGGUGAGGUGCAGUUUGAGAAGAACUCCGGUGAAACAUUUACUGGACUGUCAUUCGUCUUGGGGCUCGAACUACAUUGGGGUGCAACACAGGUAAUUACACGGUCAAUCUUUUAACUGACAACUGAAAGUUGUUUACAAUGCAUGCAUCUGUUACCAUAGCCCAAGAUCCCUUUUGAAUUGGUAAUUCUAAGAUGAAACUACUUCAUGCCUCUGUUUUCAUUCAAUAAUUCAUUUUCUGUCAAGGUUUACAGUACUAGUGUCACUGACUUGUAAAUGUAGGUCAAUUAGUAAUGUUCAGCUAUUAUAACUAGUCACAUAUUUUUGACCCCUUGUUACACUAACAUUAACCCUUUACAUGCUUGACGUCAUCUAAACUCAAGUGUGUCUUUCUUUCCAGGAUGUCAUCAUCGCCUCAUCCAGUGGCAGCGGUGUGCCAGGUGACCGCAACCCCUGACAAGGAGGCCAACUUCACCGCCUGCAAGCGAUUGGUGCAGGCGGCAAAAGAGGGUGGAGCCAGCAUGGUUUUCCUACCUGAGGGGUUUGACUACAUCGGCUCUAGUCGAGAGGAGACCCUGAAUAUGUCUGAGAGGCUAACGGGAGACGUGAUCUCACGCUACACCCUGCUGGCCAAGUGAGUACUACUAGUACUAGCCACAGAGUGUGGUUGUCUAUUCUAUUCAUUUCUAUUACAUCCUAGUCUAAUAAUAAUUCUGGAAUGGGGAGACUUAAUCGCACUUGUUUUGUUAUUGAUUAGUGCUUUUGCAGUUAAUCCUCAUCUGUCCUUUCUUAGGAAGCUGAGCGUGUGGCUCUCUCUUGGAGGGUUUCAUGAGAGAGGGCAUGACUGGGAGAUGGACAGGCGAAUCUACAACAGCCACAUCAUCAUCAAUGAAAAGGGUAUUAACAUACAAACACACACACACACACAUACACACACACACAAAUACUGAAGUGCUGACACUUUCUCUUAACCCUACAGGUGAUAUAGUGUCCGUAUACAGGAAGUCCCACUUGUUUGAUGUGGAGCUGCCAGGAAGAGGUGUGUCCUUAAAAGAGAGUGCCUUCACCAUACCUGGAUCCAGCCUCAUUCCUCCAGUCCAAACUCCCAUUGGCAAGGUCAUUCUAUGAUUCCACCAAUCUAGCUCUCAUUGAAUUGUUAUUGCAACUAACCUCCAUCUUUUUACACCAGAUUCUAUGAUCUACCACCCCAGCAUUAUUCACCAGCGUUCUGUCACUGUAUUGUGUUCCAGGUGGGACUGGGUAUCUGUUAUGACCUGAGGUUCCCUGAGCUGUCAUUGAGUCUGCUGCGACAGGGGGCGGAGAUUCUGACCUACCCGUCAGCGUUCACUGUGGCCACAGGAGCUGCCCAUUGGGAGGUGGGAUAA